AUGACGUCACUAUGGGGUUGGGUGGGCUUUAAUUAGAAUUGUUCCCCAAUGGCCGAGGGAUUGUCAAACAGAAUGAGUGCCCUCUCUGUCCAAUCAGAGGAGAGCAAUGAAAGCAGGAGUACUGCUCGAGGGACCUCUUCUUCUCCUAAACCUUCCCCCAAAGCCUCCCCAAUCCUCCUGAGGAAAGAUGAUGUUAGCAGUGUGGGGACCGGGAGCGAGGCUUCCCCUACCACAGCAAGGAGGAGAGAACUGGAUGUUCUUGUUGAGGCUCAGGCCCAUACUUCAUUACCUGGAGAUCCUCCAUUGCUACCAGGAGAACUGCUCAGUUACAUAGAGCAUAAGAUCACAUAUUUGGAUCAUUUCCUUGGAUCAAUUGAAGGGACAGUCUACAUUACCAGCUACAAGAUGUACUUCAAAUCUGAUCCCAAUCCUAAGAACACUGAAGAGUCUGUGGUAUUGAAUGUCCCCCUUGGUGUUAUCAGCCAUGUUGAGAAGAUCGGAAGAUCAAGACAGAAAGGAGAUAAUGUCAUAUAUGGACUUGAUGUUCACUGCAAGGAUAUGAGGACGUUAAGGUUUGCUUUUGCUCAUAAUCAAGAGUCUCACGGUAGAAGAGGAAUGUAUGACCGACUGCAGAUUGUAGCUUUUCCAUGUUCUUAUGGAAAGAAUGUUUAUGCGUUUCAUUUCCGUGGUGAUUACCCUGACGAUGGUUGGGAGGUGUAUGAUCCAGAGGCUGAACUGAAGAGAAUGGGUGUUGGUAAUGAUGGAGUUCCAUGGAGGAUUUGUCAUUUAAAUAAAAAUUAUGAGCUUUGUGAUACAUACACAUCAACGUUUUCCGUUCCUUUGAAUUGCAGUGAUGAGAUGGUACAAGGUGUGGCUCAGUUCAGGAGUAAAGGAAGAAUACCAGUCCUGUCUUGGCUCCACCCAGUGACCCAGGCCUCCAUCACCAGGUGCAGUCAGCCACUGGUGGGUACUAUGAACAGACGAAGUAAAGAAGACGAACAAUACAUGCAGGAGAUACUCAAAGCUAAUGAUAAGUCUAAUAAGUUAUACAUACUGGACGCCAGACCUAAGAUCAACGCCAUGACAAACGUGGCAAUGGGAGGCGGUUAUGAACAUGAGGAUUGCUAUGUUAACAUGGACUUUAGUUUUCUUGACAUCGGCAAUAUCCACGUUAUGAGGGAAAGUUUAAAGAAGCUGAGGGAGAUAUGUUAUCCUGAUGUUGAUGAUCAAAGAUGGUUCUCAAACCUGGAGUCCUCUCACUGGCUGGAUCACAUCAAAGCCAUAUUGUGUGGUGCAGUUAAAGUUGUUGAGUGUGUUGAGACUCACAAGUCUUCAGUGGUGGUACACUGCACUGAUGGGUGGGACAGAACUGCUCAGAUAACCUCAUUAUCAAUGCUAAUGAUGGACUCUUACUUUAGGACCAUUAAAGGGUUUGAGGUUUUGGUUGAAAAGGAAUGGCUAGGCUGUGGACACAAAUUUUCACAACGAACUGGUCAUGGUGAUAAGAACCACAGUGACGACCAGAGGUCACCGAUAUUCCUCCAGUUUAUCGAUUGCGUCUGGCAGCUAAUGGAACAGUUUCCAACUGCUUUUGAAUUCAACGAACACUUCCUUAUAACAAUACUGGACCACUUAUACAGCUGUCUCUUUGGUACUUUCCUCUUUAACUGUGAGAGACUAAGAGUUGAAGCAGGUGUGAAGGAUAAGACAGUGUCACUCUGGAGCUUUGUCAACAGUCAGAUUGAUGUCUAUAAGAAUCCUUUAUAUGCUGAACUAAUGAACAACAAAGUCCUGUUCCCACGUACCAGUAUAAGGAUAUUAAAGUUAUGGACUGGUUAUUAUAUGAGAUGGAAUCCUCGUAUGAAGCCACAGGAGAGUGAGUUUGAGCGAUCACGACAGCUGCAAAUAUUAAUAAAACUGCUGAAGGAAAAGUGUCAGGAGCUGACGGAACAGCAGCGGAACAUAACAGCAGCUGUUCUUAACAGUGAUGGCAGCACUCAGCCUUCUUAGCUAUUAACUCUUUUUGUAUUCAAUAUUAUAAUAAAUAAAUAUAAUAGUAUUAAUAUUAAUUAUUUCAAAUCUUGUCACUCAGUAAUAUUAU